CAGGCGAGGCGAGGCUGCGGGGCGCCGUGUGCGGCUGAGCCGGCGGCGGGUAGAGGUGUGAGGGCGGCCGGGAAUCUGAGCGGGAGCCGGGCCGGUGUGGCCGCCGCCGCCACCAUGCAGGAAAUCAUCGCCAGCGUGGACCACAUCAAGUUCGACUUGGAGAUCGCCGUGGAGCAGCAGCUCGGGGCGCAGCCGCUGCCCUUCCCCGGCAUGGACAAGUCAGGGGCUGCUGUCUGUGAAUUCUUUUUGAAAGCUGCCUGUGGCAAAGGGGGCAUGUGCCCGUUCCGCCACAUCAGUGGUGAGAAGACGGUGGUGUGCAAGCACUGGCUGCGGGGGCUGUGCAAGAAGGGGGACCAGUGCGAGUUCCUGCAUGAGUACGACAUGACCAAGAUGCCCGAGUGCUACUUCUACUCCAAGUUCGGGGAGUGCAGCAACAAGGAGUGCCCCUUCCUGCACAUCGACCCCGAGUCCAAGAUCAAGGACUGCCCAUGGUACGACCGCGGCUUCUGCAAGCACGGCCCCCUGUGCAGGCACCGGCACACGCGGAGAGUCAUCUGUGUCAAUUACCUCGUGGGAUUCUGCCCGGAGGGGCCCUCCUGUAAAUUCAUGCACCCUCGAUUUGAACUGCCGAUGGGAACCACCGAGCAGCCCCCGCUGCCGCAGCAGACGCAACCACCCACGAAGCAAAGUAACAAUCCGCCAUUACAAAGGUCGUCCUCCUUGAUCCAGUUAACGAGUCAGAACUCUUCUCCCAACCAGCAGAGAACCCCGCAGGUCAUCGGGGUCAUGCAGAGUCAAAACAGCAGUGCAGGCAACCGAGGACCCCGGCCGCUGGAGCAGGUCACCUGCUACAAGUGUGGUGAAAAAGGACACUACGCCAACAGAUGCACCAAAGGGCACUUGGCCUUCCUCAGCGGACAGUGACAGCAGCUGGAGCCGGCUCAGAGCUGCCUGGGGAGCCCCGUGCCGGCGGCGCUCUGGGCCAUUCCUGGGAGUGUGCGUUUAACUGUUUAAUGCCAGCGUUGGUGCCGCUCUGGCUGGAGCCGGCAGGCAGGCAGGCACCUGGGUUUUAUCCUCAGGGGCUCCGUCUUGUCAGUAUCCCCGUCAUUUUGCUGUAAUCUCCUUUAAAAGGGGGACAUAGUCCAGUCUGGCCCCUCAGGUUGGCCUCCUGUCUGGGACUCUGCACACCACCCUCUCAGGAGGGAGGGAGCUGUGGGACAGGGCUUGUGCUUAUAGCAGUUCUGUAGAGAGGGCAGCCCUUCCCCUCGGGUGUGGGCCUCCUUAAACACCAGGGGCUGGCGGAGUGUUCAAAGCUGCAGCCAAGUCGUGCCCGCUUCCUCCCUGUCCUGCCAAAUCAGAGGCUCAUCUGUUGGUGGGAUUUGAACGAGGCAGCCCCCCAGGGCAAGCUCAUGUGCUUGCUACCCCAGCCGGGUCCUGCUCCCUGGUGGCCACGGCUGAGGAAGGGUGCAGGGCCAAGGCUGUCAGGUGUGAUGGCCUUUUUCCUCUGGGUGUAUCUUCCCGGGGCACCUGCCUGACGGUGUUUAAGGUACACCUUAGCUGGAGCUGCCGCCAGCUCUUCCACAGACACGCAGUCUACCUGCGCACCUACCUCCCAGGCCAUCGAGCAUCUGAACUGUCAGACACCAUGGGCCCAGAGGAGAGGCCCCUGCCUCUGAGCCUGGAAAUGUGAAACCGGCACCUGCGACCUGCGGGGCAAAUGGGCCUAUUCGAGUCCAACUACAGGAACCAUUUCUAGGAAGCUGAUUAAAGCUUGUUUUGUAA